AUGGUUGUUUCACCGCAAAGUCCUGCCAGCGAAGCCCCAAGCGUGCAAGGGUCGAAAACUAAUAUGGCGUCCAAACAAAGCUCAGUAGCAGAUACUAGAGCAGAAUUAGCGGAGCUGGUGAAAAGAAAAGCUGAAGUCGCUGAAACUUUGGCUAAUUUAGAGCGCCAAAUUUAUGCAUUUGAAGGAUCAUACUUAGAAGAUACACAGUUAUAUGGUAACAUUAUUCGAGGAUGGGAUCGCUAUCUUACAACAAACAAAAGUACUAACUCAAAGGCAGAUAAACGUAAUAGAAAAUUUAAAGAAGCAGAAAGACUGUUUUCGAAAUCGUCUAUAACCUCAAUGGCAGCAGUCAGUGGACUUGUAGAUCCAGCUGAAGCGAAAAACGAGAGGAAUAGUGAAACAGAGUCCCAGACUAAUGAGGAUUCAUCAGACACCCAAAUAAGUGGUUUGAACAUAGGAAACCUAAAUCAUACAACAAUACAUGGUUCUUCAGAAAGUAUUUCAUCUAAACCAUCUGGAAAACAACACACUAAUGGAGCAAUUGAAAAGGGAAUGAGUCUUACAAAACAAAGUGCAACACAGAAAAUUGCAACAUCAUCUGGAAUGUUGCAGAAAUCGUUUAAUAGUGACAAUAAAAUGCUGUCAGCUGUUGGAUUAGACAGUAGACCUAGCACCCCAAAAGAUAAGGAUUCUAGUAUAGGUAUUACAAAUAAAGGAGAUACAACACCAAACUCAUUGAAGCAUAAACUUACUAAUAGCAGCAACAGCACUGUUAAGAAAAAUAAUAAUAAAAAAGCGAGACAUAGAUAA